CCCAAGGCAACUCUCCAGAGGUCUUCUAUUCCUUGCUUAGAUACCUGCUGGUCAGCCACUUACUAAACAGCCUACCUGAGGGAAAGCAGAGUCUUCUGUCACUUUGAGGAGGGCUGAAUUCAAGGAAAAAUAUCAAAGAGGCUCAGAUCAUGCGCUCCCACCAGAGCACCACGCCCCACAGGCUUGGGAUUCGGAAGGUCUUCGGCUCAAUUCUUGUCCAAAUGACUUUGGUUACUGCUCUGCUGGAUACUGUCCUUGGUGAUUGUGGUCUUCCACCCAAGUUGCAGUUUGCUUCUCCACUCAGCCAGUUGUAUGAGUCCAACUUCAAAGCUGGAACUGUUCUGAAAUACGCCUGCCACUCUGGCUACAGGAGAGUCAAUUCCAGUCGCGUCACUUGCGGUGCUUAUGGUGCAUGGAUUUACAGUAACUUUUGUAUCAAGAAACAAUGCAGGAACCCAGGAGAGUUAACCAAUGGUAAAGUGGACGUUAUGACUGAUUUUCUUUUUGGUUCAACCAUACAAUUCAGCUGCUCAAAGGGGUAUGUCCUCAUUGGUUCAACGAAUAGUCAGUGUGAGGUCCAAGGUAGCGAGGUUGAGUGGAGUGACCCUCUCCCAGAAUGUGUAAUUGUCAAGUGUGAGUCCCCUCCAGAAAUCAGUAAUGGGAAGCACGAUGGUGGAGACGAAGACCUCUACACGUUUGGAUCCUCUGUCACCUACAGCUGUGAUCCCAACUUCUCACUCACAGGCAAUGCCACCAUUUACUGCAUGGUGGAGAAUAAAACAUUAGGUGUCUGGAGACCAAACCCUCCUGUAUGUAAAAAUAUCUUUUUCUAUACUCCUGUUGAAAUAUUCUGCCAUCAGCCACAGAUUCCACAGGGAAUCUUUAUCUCUGGAUUCAAACCCUUCUAUAUUCACAAAGACUCUAUUGUGAUAAGCUGCAAGAAAGGUUACGUCCUCCGAGGGAGUAAUUUAAUCCACUGUGAAGCUCAUAAUGAGUGGUACCCCUCUGUUCCCACCUGUGAACUCAAUGGUUGUUCAGACUUACCAGAAAUUCCUGGUGCUUUCUUGGAGAAACAUAUCUAUGCUCAGAAAACUCAGGAAUUAUUUGAAAUUGGGACAAAGUUGAAAUAUCAGUGUAAGCCUGGCUAUCACGCAGCAGAUGAGCUGACUGUGACUUGUCAGCAAAAUUUGAUAUGGACAACUUCCAGAUGAUGUGAGAAAAUGUGUUGCCCAACACCAAAUCUGGAGAAAAUCAAAUUCGUACGUGAAAAGAGGGAUUUCACUACUGUGUGUGCCUAUGUUUCUGGAGACUUUAUUUUCUAUAUGUGUGAAGAAGGCUACUACACUGAUUCUUCCGAUGGAAAGAGUACAUGCCAAGAAGAUGGCACCUGGAAGCCUCAAAUUCCAGAAUGUAAACCAGUUCUGUGUCCAAAACCAACGGUAGAAAAUGGCAGGCUGGCCAGGGAGAAGGACCAUUAUGUUGCAAUGGAAAACAUCACCAUCCAGUGUGACUUUGGCUAUAAUGUGGUUGGUUCCCAAAGUAUCACUUGCUCAGUGAACAAAACCUGGUACCCAGAGGUGCCCAAGUGUAAGAAGGAGGUUCCAGAAGGCUGUGAACAAGUGAUCAUAGGCAGAAAACUCAUGCAGUGUCUUCCAAACCUGGAAGAGGUGAAAAUGGCCCUGCAGAUAUAUAAACUGUCUCUGCAGAUUGAACGUUUGGAACAAGAGAAAGAUAAAUGCAUAAAGCUAAGGGAGAAUAUUUUUGAAAAAGAGAAAUCAGAGGAGUUAGUUUGGCCUUUAAAUUAAUAUGAAGAAUCUCCUCAACAACUCUACUCUUGAGCACAUCACUUAGAGUAAUGUUUCUGGGCUUGGGAAAUUUCAUAUGAUUAUUGUAAAUAAAAAAAAGAUAUAUUUAACUGUU